AUGCCCCAGAAGACCGACCACCCUGCUGAACGAGCACACAGCAGCCAGAAACCAUCCACAACCACAAAUAAACCCCACGCGGCCUUUGUCCUGUUGGUCGAAUGGUUCCUCAUGAACGCCAAGCGCAAAUUCACCGUCGUCAAGCGCCAGUUCAAAGUCAAGAACGUGGACGGUGAUGUCCAAUCCCGUUGCUCCCAGGCCAUUGGGGACGUGGCAACUGUCACCCAGCUACCGUCGGCAAAAAACGCCAAAACGGGUGCGCCCCUGCUGAUCUUCCUGACUAAACAACAGGGCAUCCUGUGCCCGGUGGCCGCGCUCAGGCGAAGACUUUCUGGGACCGACUCUUCCAGGACCUUCCUUUUUGGAUACCUCAAAGGCGGCAAAUGGUUCCAUUUGGCAAAGAAGAAGAAUUGGUUUAGGGGUGGAAAUUCUGAAAAAGUGUAA